GUGCUGUUGAUCCCCGUUACAACACCGAAAGUACCGACUAGCAGUCCAUCCGAUCACACAGUUAGAGAUUCAAUCGGGAGCCGAUAGGAGCGGAGCUACCCACAGUCUGUCAACAGAUCGACAAUUUCCCCGUCUGUGGAGUGAUGCGUGGCCUGUGGACGUCAAUUGUUGUGAUGCCCAUCGUGCCACAAUGUUCCUCCUCGUACACUUUGGUUACGCGCUACUCGGCUUGUCACUGAUCCAGGUCGUGCCUGAGGCCAAUGGCUUCUCUUACGAGAAUCUACCCGCGGUAGCGAUGGAUUACAAAGUGCACAUCGACGCCGGCAAGGAAGAUUGCUACUUUCAAUACGUAAAUCCGGGCGCUACGUUUUACGUCAGUUUUCAGGUCUUGCGUGGCGGAGACGGGAAAGCAGGAUUUGCGGUGAGAAAUCCAGACGGAACGAUAGUUCAUCCUUAUCAAUGGCGCGCCAAUGCCGACUACCAAGAUCAAUCCGUGAACGGUGGUUAUUAUAGCGUGUGCAUUGAUAAUCAAUUCUCGAGAUUCGCCGCGAAACUAGUAAACUUGUACAUCACAGUGAUCAGAUAUGAUCAAUGGCAAAAGUAUACGCAAGAACUGGAAGAAUUAAAUCUCUCCGUCGAGAACUUUACGAAUACGAUUAUAAACGUGGAGAAGAACAUCAACGAGAUGCUACAGACUCAACAUUGGAGUAGGAGCAGAGAAGCGAGAGAUCUCAAUCUGCUGUUGGACAAUAAUUCUUACGUACAGAUAUGGUCGAUCGCGCAAUUGGCCCUCAUUCUGAUGACUACCACCGUUCAGGUGUACUUCGUUAGGAAACUGUUCGACGAGAAACCAUCCGGACAUUCCAAGACACGCAUUUAACAUUUGGUGUAUCACGACCGAUUGCUCGCUCCAAGAGAGAUACAAUGUUUUUUGUGAUAAGACAAUUGCAUAUUGCUAUUACUUUCGGUUAUAAAUCCAUUUAUCAUACGCAAAUCAGUAUGUAACGGCGCAAUUGCACAUCACGCGUGCAAUCGUUUCGAUUAUAGCACCUUGUAAAAGUGUGAUAUGUAUUUUUUUGCGUAUCGAUACGAUUUGCGUCCUUGCGCCGUUUUACAAAAUUUAAUUGUACAUUGAUUCCUGAAGACUGCGUCCGAAUGCAGGGAGUAUAUACGAUACGAUAUACAAGAGAUUUUGAAAUUGGUUAUCGAUCGAAAAAACGAAGUCCCGGAUGUGUACGUGUAAACGGAGAAAGAUUUAUGUUCAACAAAUUGGAACGUGUGAUUUCAAUUUGCAAAAACAGAACGAAUAGAAUAUUCCUAUCGACGAGAUUUUGUGUUCUUUAUCGAAUUUUGUUACAUUAUCGCAACAUAGUAUUAAGUGCACGCUAGAGAUUUCUUAACGAUACUUCUGAAGAAUACUGUGUUAAGAUAUACUUCCUGUUUUAUUAUAUAUUAAUAUUAUAUAUAUAUAUAUGUAUAUCAGUCAGAGAGCACCGCGCUCUCUCUUGCGCAUCACAUGAGACUCGUAUUUUCCACAUCUCUCGCUUUCGAUCAUGUUUACUCGCAUUCGCUUUUAAUUUCAGACAUUCUCAUAUAACAUAUAUUAAAGUCAAUAUAUUUAGGAAUGAAGAAAAGGGAAAUAUAUAAAAUAAUGUUUAUAUUGUAUUUGUACAAAAGUAAUAAACAGACGCAUACUUUUGUUA